AUGUCGACGCCACAGGCGCGGAAUGGCAUAGAGAGUGCGACGGCCGGUAUGACUCUCGAUGAGAUGCUCACCAAGUACCCAAAGCGUCAGGUCGAACAAGCCGUGACCCAAAGGAAGUACAAGGAGGUCGAUCCAGAAGAACCUGAAGACUUAGACGAGGACGUUCAAUGGCGCAUGCGUGUUAUCAAGUACACAUAUCGCGAUGUAGAGGACAUCGAUGAUGGGGAACUGAAGAAUCGGGAUGCAGUGCUGAGAGCCUACCGUCAACGUGAGUUGAAGGUAGAUGACAAGAUCACAGUGUGGUUUGCAGGACACCUGACAAUGGGUCCAUUGUCACGCAAUAAUUUCGAUUUCCAACAUGUCAUCGACAACAUACCAAAGUGGACGGAGCAGUUUGGACCGGGUCGUAUCUGGAUUGAGGAUCCUUCUCCUGCGAUCGCAAAAAUGCAGUCGGCGGCUAUUAUGCCGUUUAACGAGCAUUCACACCACAUGUUCGAACUUAGGGCUCGUUUGAUAGGAUCAGCACAAUUUACAUUCCUGCGUAACAUUCUGGAUGAUACAGGUUCGACAUAUCUUGAACUAUUCCGUGAUGAUGACUGCCAAUGGCUUAGCCUUACCCGAGGCUGCCAUUUCUGGAUGCCCAAUGUGCUAUUGGAUACUGCAAACGGUCUAGUGACAAGGCGCUCAAUCGAACUGGAAGUACAGCUUGUUGUAAAUGGAGCUCCCUUUGGAAACAUUACUCGAGUCAGGGCCACUAUCACUCCUGGCUUUGGGGGGGACCAGUUGCGCUGCUCGGGAAUGUUUCUUCGCAACCAGCUCUUCACCGCUACUAGCCCGUACGGCCAAGGGGACGAUUACAUGAUUAAAGUUACUCAGAAACUCCAUAACACACAGCAAGAUGUCUCACGACCUCGCAUAUUCCACCUCCACCCGCUCGACCUUUUCCUGCGCUUUCGUGUCCAAAAUCUCCUCCGCAACCGGAUUGACCUUGCCAAUCGUCGCGUCCUUGCCAUCGAACAGGAGAGCGAUCUGCUCCAGACUGGGGCCUUUGGUCUGUUGAUAGAAAAAAAAAGAUCAAAUCCACCCUACGUAGAAGAAGUAGAACUUCCACGCAAAGGCGUCGAUUCCGAGCGGGUUCACGUAGUUGUUGAAUGCGCCACAGGCACCGGUCAGGAGCCAGAAAAGGGCCAUGCCUUUCGCACGAAGAGUGUAGAUAAAAGCCACAGUGGCAUACGAGGCCGACUGGCUCUUGGUCUCGACAUAAGUGCCCGUCGUAGCGGUGAUGAUCGAGAAAACGAGCCACAUGAGCGCCAUACUCCAGAUCAUCAGCGGCCGUCUCCCGACUCUGCCGGGCAGAAACGCAAAGGCCACCGAGCAGGCGAAGCUGAACAUCUGGCUCGUCGCGGUGAUCAGCGUCGUGUCCAGCUGCGUCGUGAUCCCCGCCGAGUUGAGCAUGCUGCCCAGGUAGUACGACACCAGGCCGUUGCCGGACCACUGCUUGCAGAUGCCGCACCAGAUCAGGAUGAACGAGCGCCACCGGUUCCCGCGCGUGCUGAACAGCGUCUUCCAGGACGUCUUCUUGCUGGCGAUUUCGAGCUCGAUCGUCUUCUGGAUCUCUUCGAAUUCGUAGCGAACCACUGCGUCGUCCGGGUUGCCAGCUCCGUGCCAUCGCGGAGACCUGGAUCAGAUAGGUCAGUGUCAGUCGCUAUCAGAUACUCGCAGACUGGCUACUCACUCAGGAAGGAUCAGUGCUCCGAUCAUAAUGGCGAUCGAGGGCAGGGCCUGGAUGAUCGUUGGCGUUCUCCACGCCCUACGCGAGCAGUCAGCAUGAAUAUGGAUAUACAGACGUCAAAUAACGCCAGCACUGUACGUCGUAUUCGACAUGGCGGUCGCCGUCGCCCGAUGCGCCGGAUACGCCAGCUCAGCCAUGAAAACAGGGCCAAUGGCAGCGACAAUAACGCCGCCGAUGCCCAGGAGCAGUCUGCCAGCAAUGAAAGCGCCGUCGCUCUGCGUGGCCGUGCACACGACGACGCCGACCAGACACAAUACCGAGCCGAAGUGCAGACUGAUGCGCCGGCCGAAGCGGUCGGAUACCCAGGCGAUGAAGAUCACGCCGGCAACAUUACCGACCCAGUAUGCGGCGCUGAAUGCGCCGAGCAGGCUGCCGUGAGGGUGGUUGAAGUCUACGAUGGAGCACAGUGUGCGAAAGAGGAAAGGAGAGAGGUACGAAGCGUCAUACCCCUGCGUGAACUCGCUGAACAGGAGGAAGAAAAGACCGAAAUUCAACGGCCGCAGGCCAGGGUCCUUGUACCAUGGCACGGUCUUGUUGUUGAGCGGCGUAGUGGCCUCGAGGGCGCGGCGAUCUGCGGUGCUCUGUUCUGCUUUCCACAGCAUUGGGAAGUAAACGGCCACGUACAUAUGUACGCGUGUACCAAGGCGAGUGAGCUCAGCUCUUCCAGCUGGGCUAGCUCCAUCUAG